UUUUCGUCUUUUCCAGUCUUUUUCCUGGCAAUUAAUAAAGCGGAAAGGAUGGGCAAGAAAGCAAACCAGCAGCAGCAGAUUAGAUUAGCGCCGUGCCGGAAAAACAGCUCCUCGCCUCUCUCCCCCAUUCCCCGGUACCUGAAUAAACAGUGUGCUGGUGCAGUGUGACUGCGAGCGCGUGGGUUUAGUCAGAGCUUCGCGGAUUUCGCGGGUGCUUCGGUCGUUGGACUCUGAUGGCCGCGGCGCGGCGGCAGGCCGCGGUGCUGGUGCUGGUGCUGGCGUUGGUGAUGGGCGCGGGGUUGGCGCCGGGUCCCCGCGGAUGCGCUGCGCAGGGGGAGGCUGUGGUGGUGUCCAGCUACGGGCAGGGCCGCCUCUCGCUCAAGCCCUACGACUGGACCUACCUGCGCGUUGAGCUCCCGCCGUCGUUCUCUUCUGUCACCAUGGAUUUCGCUGCUGACAUAGACCUUCAGAGGGAGCGCUUGAAAGGCAUUCCAAGAAACAAGCUUGCUAUUAUCUGUUUGAUGAAUUCCAACCCUCCUAUUCCUGAUAUAUCUGAUUCUUAUCUGGACAAUUUAUUAUCAAACUCUCUCCCAGAUGGACCUUUUGGUAAUAGCAAUAUAAUUAAUCAGCCAAAUCUGGUGCAAUGCAUACCAUUUCAGAAAAACACAACGUUAGUGCUAACAAAUGACCAGGUAUCUCCCGGGGUAUGGUACAUUGGGUACUUUCAUGGCCUUGGCCCUGCUCGCACGCAAUCAAAGAUGAUUAGCCGAGGAAAAGCACACUUGGUGAGCACUCGCAUUACUGUAAGAGGAUGUGCCACUUCAGCAUUUUGGGGACCCUACUGCAACCAGACAGUUGACAUGAUUGGUUGUUCUCAACCUUCAAUAGAUAAUAACUCAAGGAAUCUUCUAGAUCUGAAAGCUGAGAGGAGGAACAGUUUGUAUACUAGAGAGCACAAUAGGCGUAUUAAUAUCUUAUCACGGCCGAACGGUUUAGUAGAACAAGAAGUUGCAUCUAACGCCACGACCUUGGUGAGAAUGGAAAACUCGAUCAGUUGUUCCAUUUCCAAUGACUCAAUAUGCAUCAGACAAGGCGACAUGAAGUUCUACUUCUUGGAUGUAGUCAACCUAGCAUUGCAGUUUAAAAUUACAGCUACAAAUUUUGGAGCUCUAGGGCCAUCCUUGAUUUGCUACCUGCGGCAUAAUGCCUUUCCUCAAAGAGAUCUGCAUGACUAUUCAGGUGAUAUCAGCCAUGAUCCUUUGGUUGUCAAGUUGCCGAAUAUUGGGCGUUGGUAUAUUGCAAUUGAAACUGUCAACAAAACACAGACGAAUGUUACAGCAUCAACACCUGUUCUAGACACAACAUGUUUCUCAUUGAAGUGGCAAUUAACUGGAUGCUUGAAUGGAAAAACUGGAACCAAUUGCUCUUGGGAGGCAUAUGGGCUCCAUAGGGUUCCCAAGAGAAGUCCUUCUGUCCCUUUUGAGUCAUAUUAUGUUCCUACUGAUGGAACAGCAUCACUGGAAGAUAGUCACUUCUACUUGGAACAAUUUUUAAGCAAUUCAUCCCAUGAACAGUUUGCAUGGACUUAUUUCUUUUUGGAUGUUCCUCAAGGUUCAGCCGGUGCCCUUAUCCAUGUCCAGCUUAAGUCAGAUAAAGACUUGAACUACGAGUUGUACUCGAAAUAUGGUGGCUUACCAUCUAAUGAUACUUGGGAUUAUUAUGCCAGUAGGACAAGCAGCAGUAAUGGUUCAGUAUUUUUUUCAUUACAGAAUUCCACGGAUUCGGACAUGGAUCUAUCGAUUUUUUAUGCUAAAGAGGGAACUUGGUGCUUUGGGGUGAAGCAUCCAAGUGAUACGGCAAAUUCUCAAACAUACAUGUCUAUAUCUCUUCAGGGAUGCCAUAGGAACUGCAAUCAGAAAGGUGUGUGUCAUUCCUCAGUUGAUGAAAGUGGGCUGACUUUCUACAGCUUCUGCACAUGUGAUCGCGAUCAUGGUGGCUUUGAUUGCAGCGAUGAGCUAGUUUCCCCUAAUGGGCACAUUUGGCAGUCUGUUUUUCUAAUCGCAUCAAAUGGUGCAGCUAUUUUACCUGCCUUCUGGGCCCUCCGACAAAAGGCAUUUGCAGAAUGGAUUCUUUACACAUCUAGUGGAAUUUCCAGUGCAUUAUACCAUUCAUGUGAUGUUGGCACUUGGUGCAUUCUGUCUUUUCGUGUAUUGCAGUUUUUGGACUUCUGGCUUUCCUUCAUGGCUGUCGUGGGUACGUUCAUAUAUAUGGCUACAAUUGAUGAAGUUUCAAAGAGAGCAAUGCAUACUGCUGUAUUUAUCCUCACUGCUCUUUUAGCCGCAACUGGUGCAACAAGAUCUGCAAAUAUUGGAAUUGUUAUUGCCAUUGGUUCUGUUGGCCUGCUUAUGGGGUGGCUAUUGGAGUUCUCUACAGCACGAAGGUUUAUAUGCUGGCCCUCACGAAUUAACCUUAAUAUGCCUCAAAGUUGGCCAAGCCUCAGAACUUUGUUCCAGAUUACUCUGGAGAUGGUGAACAAACGGUUCCGUUGGAUAUUCUUACUUUUGGGUUUCAUGACACUGUCUUUUGCGGCUAUCAGCUGGAAGCUGGAAUCAAAUAACAACUACUGGAUUUGGCACAGCAUAUGGCACAUAACCAUUUAUACUUCUUCAUUCUUCUUCCUGUGCUCAAUGCGUGUCAGCACAAGGAACAGCAGUCCAGAGUCAAACUAUGAGCUAACGAGGCAAGACUCUAUGCCGAGAUCCGAGCCAAGGGAAACCUAGGUUUGUUUGUGUAGGUACAUGAUUAUCUGUUGCAGUCCGGAGCGUAAUAACAUAUGACCAAUCACACAAGAGGGAUUUGGGAACCACGUGUGGUCAGUCUCCGCAGCUGCAUCGCAUGAGAACUGUAAAUAGCACGGGGCAGGUAAAACAUCUAUUUGUGGGAUGUUCAUCGAGAACAUUGAUAAUCAUGUAAAUGUGUUGUAAAAGUAAAUCCAAAAUGGACCGUCUCUUGAGGUUAGCUCAUGCAUCAUGAGUUUGGCACUUGUCGUAGUACGAGUCUCAUACAAGCUUUGAUGUGGGGAACGUAUCCGGUGAAAA